AUGUCUAUCGAAAAAUAGUAGAAUAUUUAAUAAACAGAGAUAUUGUUAGUUGAGAUUUCAAAUAAGAAAGUAUGUCAGUUAGAUAAAAGAAUUAUAUAAGUUAGCAACUUGAUUUAGUAAUAAAUUAAUGAUAAUCCAAAUGAGGUUAUACACUUAGAAUUAUUAACUGAAGAUUAAAAAGAGUUUGUGCAACAUUAUUUGGAUAUGCAUAAUUAUGAUCUAACUGAUUCAAAAGUUAAAUAGCAUAUUUAAUCCUCUAUAUUAUCAGAUAAUUUUGUUAAUGCGUUAGAUGUAUAAUUAUUUGAAAACAUGUCAGUUUUAGAAAUAUCUCAAGUAUUAAAAGCAGCUGCAUAUUUACAAAUAGAUUAACUCAUACAAUUAUGUAAUGUAGCUUUAGCUACAAAAAUAUACUUACCAUAUGAUGAAACUUCUCUGCAAGCAAUCAAAGAAUCUCAAAACUUAGGAGAGUUAAAUGAAGAAGAUAUCAUAGCAAUGAAAGAGAAAUAUCCAUGUGCCUUUUCUAACUAUGAAUGCACUAACAAUACAAAUGAAUAUACAUCCAUAAAUUAAAAUUAGCAAUAAUAAGAUAAUUUAUGA